UAUCAAUAGAGUUUUUAAUAUCAAAACGUCUUUUGUAAAUAGAAAUAUUUAUCACUGUUAAUUAGUUGAAAAUGAUUCGUUUUUUAUUUAUUAUUGUGUUUUGUUUUACAUUAGUGUGUAACCAAGCAGUGAAUAACGUUCGUCUAAUCGAGCCUAUACCGUACAUGAUAAAUGUGAUCUCCGAGACGGUGCAGCGGCUUGAAGAUGCUGAAUGGUGCAACUUGAAAGUACCAGACGUCACUGUUGAUAUGAACGAGGUGAUAUUCGGCGAGUCGGUCACGGGUACAAUCGUGUACAAAAAUGGUUUCGUGGUGGCGAUACAGCAUGUAGACAUCCUGCAACAUAGUCUCGGUCAACAAUGGAGGUUUGAUAGAGUUCAGAAUACCACUACAGUUGAAGUCACCGGUACUUUAAGGUUUACUGACGUUACUAUAGGAUUUGAUGUGGAGACUAAGAUAGAAGGAACUGUCAAAAUGUACACUGCGGAACUAUUAGUGCCGUUGGUGACAUUCGAUAUGAGGGUUAUUAGAGACAUGUUCACUGAAAAUAUCAACGUAACGGUUACACCUAUCAAUAUCAACAGAAAUAGAGUCAAAAUGGACUUUUUGCCGGUAGAUAAUCUGACAGAUGUCUUCUCUAAUUUGUUCAACUUCGACUCUAUAUCAGAAGCUGCAAACGUAUGGGCUUCUAACUUCAUAAGACCAUUCGCCCUCAACGCUGUUGAGAAUGUAGUCGAUUAUCCUGAGAUUUGCUACGACUGUCCAGUUUAAUAUACUUAAGUAGUCUUCUAGUGAAGGUUUGAUAUAAACCUAUAUCAAAGACUAAAUAUAGACGAAGACAAACUAAGGAUUUUUCGUGAUGAUUUGACGAACAUUAGUACGCUGAGUAAAAAAUAUUUGACUGACUAAUAACUGAGUAAUAACAUUUUUAAGGUAUUUUAUC